UGUUACAGGUGGCAGCUGUAGUAGACAAAAAAAGGAAACCACAACCCAAGUGCGCCAGUGUAAAACAAUCAAGAUGAAGGCGUUGUUGUGUAUAGCGCUGCUAGCCGUUGUUGUUUCGGUCACCAUUGCAGACCGGAGCGAGUCCUUGAGCUUGUUCACGCAGCUGAAGGUCGGCAAACAGGGCCGACUGUUUGGAGCUGAGGAUGAUUUCGUGUCACUCGUGCAAUCAGAGCUAGUGCUAGCCCAAGAAGAGUACGUUCGGUCGUCCAUUAGCGGAGAAUCGCAAGUGCUGCAGGAGUUGUCCACAGCCGCGGCCCAAACGAGCGGUCCGCAGUGCGUUGAGUUCGUUCGACAGAAGGCGGGAAUCAUGAUGAACCUGGCCGGUGUAUCGUACGGUUCUUGUCUGAAGCAGGUGGACGAGGUUCUCUUCGAGAAGUUAUCGGCCGCCACAGAGCAUGCCAUUACGCGUGACCAGUACGAUCAGGCGAACAUAUUGAGCGCAUUCCGGGGUGAGAACAUCUUCGUCGAUCCGGCAAGCAUUCGCGGGAAAAUGCAGCAGCGGAUGCGUGUCGCGUCCAAGGUGCCAGCGUUGAGUGCUGAAUCACUGGGUGAGAUUCGCAAGGAGCUUAACGAGGUGAAGGAGCACUUUGUCAAGUGCAUGAAGACGGCCCAAGAUGGACUUGAGAACACGCUACAGGCCACAUCUAAGCAGCUGAGGCUCGUGUGUGCAAAUGAGCAGGAGUGAAGAAACUAGUCCAGCGUGUUUUCUUGCACAAUAAAUGCGUGUAAUAAAUUAUUAAACUUCAAGCAGAUGAGAUAUUUCAAUCAUUUUAUCUUUUAUUUUAUUUAUUACUGUAAACUGUGUGAGAUAUUUAGCAUAUUUUACUUUUUACAUUGUACGUUGCAACUUUUAACAGUGUUUUAAGAUUAUAUUUCGUCUUGAGAUGCAGAAUAUGAUAUUUUAUAGAUAAGAGAAAAAAGUUACUCAUGUAGGAUCAUAAAUUGAUUGAGAGAGUACGUUCAUAUUGCAUAGCGGAGUAAUAAAAGCUCGGCGAAGGCUGUGAUGAAAUUGAUCAUUUUGAAUGAACUCUCAGUUUAUGAUU